ACAUGCUCUGUGUGAAGAAUUCCGAGUGUGGCUUUCUGCUGUGACCCAGAUAGAGCUGGAGCCAACUAUUGACAUCUCCUGUGCUAAAUAUGAAUAUACAGAUGUCUUGCUGUGCCACGAUGACGAGCUGGAAGGUCGGAGGAUUGCUUUCAUCCUGUACCUUGUGCCACCCUGGGAGAAAAGCGACGGGGGAACGCUGGACCUGUAUAGCACGGAUGAACACUGCCAGCCACAGCAGAUCAUCAAGUCACUCGUGCCUUCGUGGAACACGCUGGUUUUCUUUGAAGUGUCUCCAGUCUCUUUCCACCAGGUGUCAGAAGUUGUCUCUGAGGAGAAGUGCCGCUUGGCGGUGAGCGGCUGGUUCCACGGCCCGUCAGUAGUCAGACCUGCACGCUACACUGAAGCUCCCUUGCCCAGGAGCCCACACAUCCCCUAUGAUCAUGAAAUCUUGUACGAGUGGAUCAAUCUAGUUUAUUUGAACAUGGAGUCCCAAGCUCAAAUCCAGGAGGAAUUUGAGGACCGAUCAGAAAUUCUCCUGAAAGAUUUUCUUAAGAAAGAGAAAUACCAACUACUGUGUGAAGCUUUGGAGAACAAAGACAUCCAGUGGAAUAGCCGGGGCCCUGCCAAUAAAAGGCUCUAUGAGUCAGCAGAGGAAGACAGCCUGCCAGACAUCCUGAAGAAAUUCCUGCAGUUCUUACGCUCUGAGGCCUUGUUUUUACUGCUUUCCAACUUCACUGGCCUAAAGCUGCACUUCCUGGCUCCCUCUGAUGAGGAUGAAGAUGCUGGGGAAGGAAGAGCAGCAGACACCGAUGGGCACAGCAGUCCCAAACCUGAGCAGGAAGAGGCCAAACGACACACUGAUGGCAGUCCCCAUCAGCCAGACGAGCCUGACAACAUCCCUGGAGCACAAGACAGCGAGACACAGAACGGGACAGGAUCCCCCGUGUGCGCAGGGGAGCUGAGGCGCUGGGCCCACGGGCACUAUACUCUAGUCCACGAUGCUCAAGCAACAGAAUUUGCUCUCGACCUGCUCUUCUUCUGUGGCUGUGAGGACUGGGAUCCGGAAUACGGUGGCUUUACUUCCUACAUCGCUAAAGGUGAAGAUGAAGAGCUGUUGACAGUGAAUCCAGAGGACAACUGCUUGGCCUUAGUUUAUAGAGACAAAGAAACUAUGAAGUUUGUGAAAUACAUCAGUCAUCGUAGCUUGGCACGCCUGAAAAAGCACCCGAACAGAACAGGAUUUUGGGAUUUUUCCUUUGUCUAUUACGAGUGA